AUGAACAUGAGCUACUGCGGAAUUUCUAAGGGUAUUAGCCUGAGAGGCCGUAUAUCCUGCCAGAAGUUUGAGAUUGGAGGAAGAAAAGUCCUUCAGCAUGCAUCAUUGGUCAGGAGAGGACUACUGACAGAGAGCUAUGCGCGGGGGCCAUCAAGUCCGCCCUUGAUUGAGUCCACAGUUGGCGACCAUUUCGCCAAGAUUGUUGCGAAAUACGGGGAUAGAACAGCUGUUAUCUCAAGACAUCAGAAUGACCGAGCAACCUAUUCCUCCUUAGACACAAGAAGCAAUGCUCUCGCUCGGGGUAUGGCGUCGAUCGGUGUUGGGAAGGGGGACCGAGUUGGAGUCAUGCUUGGGAACUCGAUGGAAUACGCUGUGGCAACGUACGCAUUAUUCAAACUUGGUGCGAUUCUGGUUCCGCUCAAUCCAUCUUUCAAUACUACACAAGUGAUUGCAGCCCUAGGUCACCUAGAAGCCAGCCAUCUUAUAAUCAGCACGGAGUCCAACCUGCCCCGAAAGAAACCACGAAGCAAUAUUCCCUUGCUCGAUGACCUUGUUCAAGACCCCCACAAGUCGAACUUGGAGUCCGCAUUGAUUCCUUCUCUGAGAAAUAUUAUCACGGUCGACAAUUCUGAAGGUCGCGUGGAUAUAUCAUCAUAUAAAGGCUUGACGCCUUAUGCAUCCAUCAUAUCCCAGCUUACUGCAGACGGCCGCCCACUUCCUCCCCAAAAUCUCUCGCCGCAUGAGAUUGUGAAUAUCCAGUUCACAUCAGGCACCACAUCAAUGCCCAAGGCAGCAUGUCUUAGCCAUCACUCCAUCUUGAAUAACGGCUCUCAAAUCGGGGAUCGCAUGCUUCUCACGCCGAAUGAUAUUAUCUGUUGCCCACCGCCGUUGUUUCAUUGCUUCGGUAGUAUUUUAGGUUAUAUGGCGACAGCAACCCACGGCUCAGCCAUAGUCUUCCCCAGUGAAUCGUUCAAUGCCCGCGCCGCGCUGGAGGCUGUCCAAGAAGAGAAAUGCACCGCGCUGUAUGGUGUACCGACAAUGUUCCUCGAGCAGCUGAGCAUGAUUGAGAGGAAAGAAAUAUCCAACGAGGGAUUCCAGCAUCUUCGCACGGGCAUCGCUGCUGGAAGCAGCAUCCCUCCUGAAAUCAUGAAGAAAUUGCACAAGAUACUGAAUCUGACCGAAUUGACAAUCUGUUAUGGAAUGACGGAAACAAGCCCCGUCUCGGCUAUGACAACAACGGAUGAUCCCAUUGAUAAGCGAAUAUCCUCUGUUGGAAAGCUUAUGCCACAUGUCGAGGCAAAGAUUGUGGACCCAAUGAACAAGAAAGACAUUCUGCCUAUAGAAACGCGGGGUGAAUUGGCAGUUAGCGGGUACCUGUUGAUGAAGGAAUACUGGGCCGCCCCGGAAAAAACCGCGGAGGUGAUGAUUGCAGAUGACUCUGGCAAAGUGUGGAUGCACACUGGAGAUGAAGCUUCCAUGUCACCAGAUGGAUAUAUCAGUAUCACUGGACGGAUCAAAGACUUGAUCAUCCGAGGUGGCGAGAAUAUCCACCCCCUAGAGAUCGAGAAUUGCUUGCUAGCCAAUGACGGUGUUGCGGAUGUUUCUGUUGUCGGUGUCCCCGACGCGAGAUAUGGCGAGGCAGUGGCUGCUUUCGUCAUUGCUCGGGAAGGCUCAAAGACAGUCACUGCUGAGGAUAUUCAGCAAUGGGUGCGCGAAAAGCUUAGCAACCAUCUUAUUCCAAAACAUGUCUUCUUUUUGGGCCCCUCAGAGCCUUUUCCCAAGACAGCAAGUGGAAAGAUUCAGAAGUUCAAGCUCAGGGAGAAGGCCAUUGAACUUUUGGCCAAAAGCGCUGCAUGA